ACUUGAACAUUCCUGAGGGUUUUCCAUUUUAUUUGCUGAUUUACAACGCUUUAAUAAUCAAAUCAGGGAAAGGAGAUCAAAUGAACUUGAAAAAACGACACCAGGAGAGAUUCACUCACAAACAACAGAAGGGACGCGAAAAUCCAUUGGCGUUAUACCAAGAAAUUCAAUGUAUUUUUUUCUAAAUUCCUGCUCAAGUACUAAUGUCUGCAACUACAUUUUAAGCGCGAAUAUUUUUAAUGUUUAUCCACAAUUGGUUUGUUUUUAUGAGUAGUUGAUUAUCUGCAUGAGAUUCGAUUACUUUAAGAAAUGGCCGUCAAAAGCAGAAGCUUUGUACGAAAUUCAGCACCGGCAGGCCAGACAUAUGCAGCUGGCACCAAGUUGAGCGCCAAUGGAGUUUCACUCAUGUCUACUGGAUUUGCAGGCCUCGAUAAGGUGAUAGGCGGCGGGAUACCGAUUGGAGGAAUUGUUAUGAUCAUGGAGGACAUUGAGGCUCCUCACCAUCUUUUAUUGCUACGUUACUUUAUGGCUCAAGGAUUGGUCCAUAAGCAUCCACUUCUCUAUGCUAGUCCUCUUGCAUCACCUCAAGCAUUUUUUGGCACCUUGCCGAAUAUUGCUCAAAUAAAGGAGAGCAAACUUGAGUCAGAAAGAUCUCCAAAAUAUACAGAGGUGGGAGAAAACUUGAGGAUUGCAUGGCAGUAUCGGAAAUACUUCAAUGAAAAGCAGUCAGCUGAGAGUCACAGAUUUCAACAGUCCGAAUUGACUUCAUUUUCUAGGAUUGCUAAAUCUAAUCCACUGUCGGCAGGUAAUACAAAUGAUUUUUGUAGCAAUUUUGACUUGCGAAAACCUAUGGAAAGGUCUAUGCUGAAUACGUCAAAAGUGGAGUGUGUUAGUCUUCAAGCCAUUUCAGACCUAACAGUAAUUAAGGAAAAAUGCUCCUCAUUUCUUUCCAAGUUUCCAAGAGUUCAAGGAGGAGUUUCAGAGGUUGGCCGUAUUGCCAUACAAUCCCUAUGCGCACCACAAUGUAGGCACUCUGAUGGGGAUUGGGAGAUGCUUUUGUUUCUUAAGACAUUGAGGGCAAUGCUGCGAGCUUCAAAUGCAGUGGCUAUGAUUACUUUCCCCUCUUCUCUUCUUUCCCCAUCAUUCUGUACCAGAUGGCAGCACCUGGCCGAUAUUGUACUAUCUGUUAAGGCAAUUCCUGAUGAUGACAAGGAAUUGGCCACUAUGUUAACUGAUUAUCAAGAUAUGUUGGGCUUUGUACACAUCCACAAAUUAGCCUGUAUCAAUACUCAGGUGCCCAUUGUUUUGGAAGCAAACACAUAUUCUCUGAAGCUUCUACGUAAGAGAACAGUUGUUUUGGAACGCUUGAAUCAAGCUCCAGUAGAUGCCUCAAGUGGUGAAUCUUAUGGAACUGUUUCAACUGCUGCUUUAUGCUCUAGGUCUAAUACUGGUUCUGCACUUGAUUUCUAAUGUCAAAAAUCAAAUAAUGAUUCUUUCACCAAAUUUGAGGGUAUCCAUUCACAUAUAAAACUAUUGCUUCCUGAUCUUGCUUUAUUAAUUCAUUCUCUUUUUGACAUACAUACACACAUGUUAUCUCUGUUGUAAUAUGCUUAGAUAUGUGUAUGAAGAUUGAAUUGAAGUUGUUUUCUAAGAUGAUUCUUGAAUGUCAAAUUCAAUAUUUUGGUCCA